AUGACUGGCACCGAGCAACAGAAGGACGGCGAGAAGCAAUUCUCCAUCCAGCCCAUCAAGGAUGAAGCUAAGGACAAGGUCUCUGCCUUUAACGCUCACCCCGGACCCGCCAUGCCCAAGGAUAUGCCUCAAGAAGAGGGUACCAAGGAGGAGCGCAAGGCUAAGAUGGAGGCUCUCAACAAGAAAUAA